AUGUCAAACUCGAACACGGAAGGGCAAGGAGACAAUGUGCUAACGAAUGCUACAGCUCACGUUGUCAAGAAUUCUGAUGGAACUGUCGCCUUGAACAUUUCUUCGUCAGGCAAUGCCAUCGGUGCUGACUUCUCGGCUAUACAGAACCAAGCUGUAGGGCAGAUUGGGAGCUCUAGUAUACUUGCUACCGGAAAUGUGGAAUCAAAAGGCCAAAACACGUCCUCGGCAUCUGAUGUGGCAGCUGCAGCUCAGGACAACAACAGGAGCGUUUCUUCUAUGCAAAAGGGAGAGGCAACGGGACGAGGUGACACAUCAGUACAAGCUAACGGAGGAUCUGUAAUGUCCCACUACGGGAUGCAAAGUCCUUACAGUGGUCACAGCGCCAUGGCGUCAGCUGGAGCGACUGGUUCCUUAGCCUCACUGGCGAAAGCACUUUCGAAACAGGAGCUGACAUGGGAGAAUAUCCUCGUCCACGUUAUUGGAUCAGCUGCUGCUGAAGGUAUCGGAAACGCUCAAGCAAACCUCGACAUAGGUGCAGGAAAUGCCUACGAUGGUGUGGGAGUAAGUGGACUCGUAUCGGGAGUGAACACUGAUAACGGUCACAUCAACACGGAGGUGAACGGCAGCGCAAAUAUGAACGGAGGUCAGCACGAUUUGGCUGGCAACAUGUAUGGGAAUGUAGAAGGUGUAAGCGGAAACAGUACUUUGGUUGGAGCAACAAAUAUUCAGAGCAGCAGCAUCACUAGGAAUUCAAGCGUAAGCUCUUUUGCCGACUCCAAGGUACACACAGAUGGAAGUAGUUCGAUUAAUCUGAGUGCGGACACUGGUUUUAACACUGACGGUGGCAGUGGUGGCAGAGUAAAAACGAAUGCGACUGGAGAAGGAACCAAUAAGCACAUGACUGUGCAAAACGGCCUCCGUAUUAGCGACAAUGAAGGAGGAUCAGUGGCAAUAGGCAAUGGCGUCGUAUACGGAGAAGGAACAGAAAAUUCAAAUGCUUCAUUAGCGGUGGAUACCAAGUACAGAAAUGAUGGAACUGCACAAAUAGUUGUCAACGGAGACGGGCAAGCGAUAUCGAAUGGCACCAAUUCGAGCCUUUCUAUUGGAGCCAAUGCGGACAUUUCGAACACAUAUGCGGGAAGCGCAUUAUCCAAUGGUGUAGCUCAUGGUGAAGUGAAUGGGAUGAGCGGUAAUGUUUUGCUGGACAUAGAUGGUGGCUCUGGAACCGGUGGAAAUGCAAAGAUGGAAGCUUGGGGUGGAGGUAAUGGAGACAGCCAGGUACUGACAAAUGCUGGUCUUAUCCUCAAACAGUGGAAUGAGUUGAGAAAUAUCUCAGUAAACGGAGGUGUCUCAGCGAACGGUGAUCAAACCAAAGUGAAUUCGUUCUCUAUGGUCAAAGACAACAACGGUGAGCAGACACUAGAGAACUCCCAGAAGGCGUCAUCAAGCUCAAAAGGUUCGUCGUCGGCAUCUGCAUCGAGUUACAUAGUCCUAAAACGAUAG